AUGUUUGGUGCUGUUCAAUUGGGGUUGUUUGCAGCAUGUGUUGUGUUGUUUGUUCCAAUGGGUAUGGCUGGUUGGCACUUGAGUCGUAACAAAGUUCUAUUUUUUAGCGGUGCACUUUUCAUUACUCUUGCAGUUGGUGUUCAUUUAACUCCUUAUUUCCCUUCUGUUUCUGAUAUAAUUACAUCUGUUAAAUCAUCUUCUGUUGUUGAUGAUGUUGUUGUUGUUGAAGAUCGUGAUUCGUGUGUUUCUUUGCUUCAUGAAAUUGCGUGGGAGGUUAUGCCAAGGGAUUCACAAGCUAGAAUCUUCACACUUUCUUUGUUGAGUUUGGUUUUGGAUUCGGAGAGGGUCGAAUCGGCUAGGAGUUUUUUGCUUAAAAGGCAUAGUGAUUAUCACAUUGUUGUUGAUGAGAUGGGUUUGAAAUUGGAUUUUAUUUGGGCACCUUAUCCUAAUAAUUUGACUAAUGUAGUUAUGGAGUUUAAGCAGAAACAUUUGUAUCCUGAUGUUUUGGUGAUGGGUUCUGGUUUAUGGCACAUGCUACAUGUUACAAAUGCUUCUGAUUACGGUGUCUUGUUGAAGUUGUUAAAGAAUUCUGUGACAUCUAUGUUGCCUGUUUCACCAAAAUUCGGCAACGAUGAACCUGCAAUGGGAUCUGUUUCGUCAGUUAGAUCUCCGCAUUUGUUUUGGUUAGGUAUGCCGAGUUUGAUAAACUCUAUGUUGAAUACACAAAAGAAGAGGGAGAGGAUGAGUGAUGUAUUGCAAGGUGAGUAUGAAAGGGAGGUGCAUAAAAGUAGUAUACUGAGGGAGUUCGGUGGUCCAUUUCAACUACUUGAUAUAAGAUCAUUGAGUUUGAAUUGUGGAAUCAAAUGUACAGAUGAUGGUAUGCAUUAUGAUGAAGCUGUUUAUGAAGCUGAACUUCAUGUUAUGUUCAAUGCAUUGCUUAUAGAAUCUCAUCAGAAGCUCUAA